CGCUCUCUGACCAGCCGGUUGUUGUUUUCUUCAGUCAGCUGAUUAGGAGUUUGUAUUAGAGUUUUCGUCAAUUAUUCGCGAAUAUGGCUUCUCUGCGCUGUGCAACGAGACUCGCUUCUGUAUACAAACGAGGCAUUGGGGCCGGCUUUGGUGUGGCCUCCCACCAGCUUGCUCCAGCAUGGGGUGCUGCGGCAACACAAGUAAGGCUGAUGAGUGCCCUCAGUCCAGAGUUCGAGUCGGCAAAGGCCAGGCUUGGGACUCUGUCGGAAGACCCAGGCAACGAGGCCAAGCUGAAGAUCUACGCUCUGUUCAAGCAAGCCACUGUUGGGGCUGUGAAUACCAAGAGGCCGGGCAUGAUGGACUUCGUGGGCAGGGCAAAGUGGGAUGCCUGGAAUAGCCUCGGCAAUAUGAGCCAGGAGGAAGCACAGAAGAACUACAUCAACUUUGUGAAUUCUCUGGCUGGGGCCGAGGAAGAGCAAGCCAAAGCACAAGCUGAAUCGGGUCAGAAAUAUAAGAACUUGCUAGUAACAUGCGAGAAUGGAUUGAGGACCAUCACCCUAAACCGCCCAGCCAAGAUGAACGCUAUCACGGUCGAGAUGUACGAGGAAUGGAUUGCGGCCCUGAAAGAAGCUGCAGAAGACCCAGCCACGGUCAUCACAGUGACAACAGGAGCAGGCAACUACUACUGCUCAGGCAAUGACCUCUCCAACUUUGCCAACAUUUCUCCAGAGAACAUGCAUGAACACUCGAAAAAUGCAGGAGUUUUGCUCAACAGGUUCGUGUCGGCGUUCAUCGAUUUCCCAAAGCCUCUCAUCGCAGUCAUCAAUGGCCAUGCUAUUGGUGUGUCCGUUACAGUCUUGGGACUAUAUGAUGCCGUCUAUGCCACAGACAAGGCGACUUUCAACACACCAUUUAGUAACCUCGGCCAGUCUCCUGAAGGGUGCUCAUCCUAUACCUUCCCCAAGAUCAUGGGCCCUGGCAAGGCAAAUGAAUUGCUGCUCUUCAACAAGAAGGUGAAGUUAUUUGCAAAUAUGUAA